CGUUUACCCAGAGCUGAUGGUGAAAUCCUGUCUCUGUGACCUCCCGUCGAUUGACCCAGAGCCGGACUCUCAGUCCGUGCAAGAUCCACAGGGAGAGGGGGCGACAUGGUGUCGGGGGGAAUCCUACUCUGCUUGGUGAUCGGGGCCGUGGGAGCAGUUCCGCACGCUUUGGUGCUGAUACCGUCGGAGAUCCAGCUCGGGACCCCGGAGAAGGUUUGCGUUCUUCAGACGGUCGGGGACGGCACCAGCUCCCUCAGAGUGACCCUCCACCACCCCCAGAGUAACACCACCCUCCUGGACCAGGAGACGGCGGGGAUCGGGCGCUACGGCUGUGUGGAGUUCACGGCUCCGGAUGUGCUGCUGGGGAAUGACGAGGAAUCCCUGGCCACGGUCACUGUCACUGGCGCCAUCAACGUCACCAAGGAUGUUCUCCUGAGGAAGUAUAACACGCUGACCUUUGUCCAGACCGACAAGCCUGUGUACAAACCGGGGCAAACAGUGCGAUUCCGGAUCGUGACGUUGACCCAGGAUUUCCGCCCGUCGAACGAGACGUACCCGCUGAUAACGCUCUUGGACCCUCAGCAGAAUCGGAUUGGCCAGUGGAGGGAUGUGGAGGGCAGGCAGGGAAUAGUGGACCUGAGCUUCGACCUGAUCUCUGAAACCCCGAUGGGAACGUACGAGAUCCGGGUGGAGAAAUCCUGCGGCAAGAUCGAACACAGUUUCAGUGUUGAGGAAUACGUGCUGCCGAAGUUUGAACUGAACGUUCAUCUUCCAGAAUUGAUCACAAUCCUGGACAAAACGAUUCCUGUCAAAGUGUGCGGCAGGUACACCUAUGGGAAACCCAUGCGGGGCCACGUUAAUGGCACAGUUUGCCUGAGACGGAUUUUCUCCUCCGCUUCUCCAGGGUUAUGUCACGUCGUGACAGGCAAGAUGGAUGUUCAUGGCUGCUUCUCCAAACAUCUGCCCACUGCGACAUUCAAACUCAAGCGGAGGUGGUGGGAUCGGAUUAUCCACGCACAUUUCGUUCUGGAGGAAGAGGGCACAGGAACCAAGAGAGAGGGCUCGGCUGAAUGCCAUAUUGCUUCAGAGGUCACGCAGACAAGCUUCGAAGAGGUGGAUGAUAACUUCAAGAAGGGAAUCCCGUAUACGGGAAAGGUGAAGGUGAAAUAUUCAACGGGGAAACCAUUUGCAAAUGCAACCAUACAUCUUUCUAAUUCAUUCAGUUCCGGAGUGCAGGAGCUGGUUACGGAUGAGGGAGGGGUGGUUGAAUUCACCUAUAACACCUCCACUUGGUUGGACAAGCCAGUGGACUUCGAGGCCGUUCACCAGCUCCAAUCUGACCAAUUCCGUCACUCGACUCGCAAACCCGACACUUCUAACGCCUGGCACAGAGCCAAACCCUUUUACUCCAAGUCCGGCAGCUUCAUCUCCAUUAGGAAACAUCACAGGGAGUUGCCGUGCAAGUCGGAUCUGAAAGUGCCCGUCAGUUACAUCAUCAAGGUUCUUCCCGACAGCGAACCUCUCGACCUGGAGCUGUUUCAACUGGUGAUGUCCAAAGGGAAGAUCGUCAGCUUUGAGAAGAUCCUUCUCUCUGUACGAGGGACGGACGGAUCAGAGGGAUCGUUCUACCUGACGCAGCGGAUCAGCCCGGAUCUCGCUCCCGUCGCUCGGAUGUUGGUUUUUGCUCUGCUGCCGGAUGGGGAAAUGAUCGGAGAUGCCGUGCAAUAUAGUGUGAGCAAGUGUUUCCGGAAUAAGGUGCAACUCCAGUUCUCGUCUUCUGAAGACUUGCCCGGGAGCCCCAUCAGUCUCGAUAUCCGGGCGGAACAAGGGUCGAUCUGCGGACUCAGAGUUGUCGAUCAAAGUGUGUUGCUCCUGAAACCGGAGGAGGAAUUAUCAGUCGACAGUGUGUACUCUUUACUGCCAGUCUCUGAUCUGAGUGGUUACCAUUACCUUCUGCGGGAGGACUUGAACAGUGCCCCGUCGGGUGCUGAGGACUGCCCCUUCUCCAGAUGGGACACGUUUGAUAUCAAUCAGCUGCUGGAGGACAUGGGCCUGAAAUUCUUCAAAGACUUCGUCUACGACUGUCAAAUGAACGAAUACUUCUACGAUGACAGGAUAAUGUACGAUGCGAUGUUUCCGAUGAUGGCGGGAACUCCGUAUGGGCCACAGAUCAGUGAGACCGCUCCCCCUGUGCAAAAGAUCCGCGAGUAUUUCCCAGAGACCUGGCUCUGGGACCUGAUUCCUGUCCGUUCCACUGGCCACGCCGCCCUCGAUGUCACGGUCCCGGACUCCAUCACGGAAUGGAAGGGGAGCGUCUUUUGCACCGGAGAGCCGGGAUUCGGGAUGUCGGAGAUGGCGUCCUUCGUCGCCUUCAAGCCCUUCUUCGUGGGUCUGGCCCUGCCCUAUUCCGUCAUCAGAACCGAGGGCUUCACCCUCAAGGCGAAGGUCUUCAACUACAUGGGACAGAGCCUGAUGGUCAAGGUUACCUUGCUGGAAGCUCAGGGCUUUGAGCUGAAGUCCUCCAACAGGGAGCUCGAAAUCUGUGUCUUGUCCAAAGACAGCGUCACCGUGAGUUGGAAUCUCACGGCCUCUGCACUGGGUGAGGUGAAUGUCACUGUACGAGCUCAGGCCGUUCACUCCCCAUCUCUCUGUGGGAACGAGCCCGAAGGCUCCGAGACGGAAUUAUCUCACAGCUCUUUGCUCUGUCCCGCGGGUAAAAUCAUCACGGAGCAGAUCCGACUCCAAGUCCCAGAAGAUGUGGUUGAAGGAUCGGCCAGAGCUUACGUCACUGUGCUGGGUGACCUCAUGGGGAGUGCCAUGGAGAAUCUCGAUGGUUUACUCAGACUACCCACUGGCUGCGGGGAGCAGAACAUGGUGAAGUUCGCCCCCAAUAUCUACGUACUCAGUUAUCUGGAAAAGACCCAACAGAUCACACCAGAAAUCAAGUCUAAAGCGAUUGGUUUCCUGCAGACAGGGUAUCAGAGACAACUCACCUACAAGCAUCACGACGGAUCCUUCAGUGCGUUUGGGAACAGCGACGCAGAGGGGAACACUUGGCUGACGGCCUUCGUCCUGAAGUCCUUUCUGCACGCCCAGCCCUACAUCUACAUCGACGACUCCGUCCUCCGUGCUGCUGCUGGCUUCUUCCUGAACUACCGGUUGGAGUCGGGGUGCUUCGCCAGCCUGGGCCAGCUGUUCAACAACGCCAUGAAGGGGGGUGUCGACGACCACAUCUCCCUCUCCGCCUACGUAACCACAGCAUUGUUGGAGUUACUGAGACUGAGACCCAACAUAGCCUCUAAGGUUUAUGAAAAGACUCGGGGAAGAGACGAUGAAACCUCUGCAAUCAACGAGCCAGAACACACACUGACGCCCAGCACUGAGGGAGAGGAUACCAAGCCUUUGAAAUUCAAGACGGCAGUGGUCGAUGUGUCUCUGGGCUGCCUGAGGAAGGAGAUGGAGAAGGUGAACAACACCUACACUCUGGCGCUCCUCGCCUACACCUUCACCCUGGCCGGUGACCACCUCCAGGAGAGGCUCCUCAACAGACUGGAGGCUCUUGCUGUCACAAAGGACGGACUGAAGCACUGGCAGAGGGCCCCGGACCCAGAGGAGGAGGAGGAGGUCUGGUACUGGUGGAGGGCUCCCUCGGCCGAGGUGGAGAUGACGGCCUACGUCCUGCUGGCCCUCCUCUCCAAGCCCCAGGUCAGCCCGUCGGACCUGCAUCAGGCCGUCCCCAUCGUCAGCUGGCUGGUGAGGCAGAGAAACUCGCUCGGAGGAUUCGCGUCCACUCAGGAUACGGUGGUGGCCCUCCACGCUCUCUCGCUCUACGGGGGCCUGACCCACGCCACUGACCCCCGGGGCUCGGUGUCCCUGACUGGCGAGAAGGGGUUCCAUCGCGAGUUCCAGCUGGAUGCCUCCAACCAGCUGUUACUUCAGAGACAGGUCCUGGAGGAUGUUCCCGGAGUCUACACUGUCCAGAUCAGUGGGACCAGCUGUCUGUUGCUACAAACCACACUGCGUUACAACACCCCUCCCACACCCAAACUCUCCGCCUUCCGCCUCUCCGUGAACAUGGAGACCGAAGAACAGGACCAGACCGCGGGAAAGGUCAACAUCAACGUAAGUUAUGUCGGUUCCCGUAAUGUCUCCAACAUGGUUAUCGUUGAUCUGAAGCUGCUUUCUGGAUAUUCGGCUGAGAAGCCAAGCCACCCCAGUGUCAGCAGGACGGAGACACAGAACGAGCAUUUGGUGAUGUACAUUCGACAGAUGGAAGCGUUCCACCCCGUCCAACUGUCCGUCACCGUUCACCGGGACUUCGAGGUGGACAACCUGCAGGAAGCCCACGUGAAGGUCUACGACUACUACGAGACGGAUGAAUCCGCCAUCGCUGGAUAUCACGUGAGCCCCCUUCAGGGCCUUCCGGGAAAGAUCCCAGUGCGACGGAGGGAUCCGAUUCCCACCAUAUAGAGGAGCAGAGAUAAUUCACUAACCUGUAAUCAAUCUCAAUAAAUGUCUUAGUCCCUCUG